ACACACAAUCAACUGUAUAAAACCGAUUUCUAUAAAACCGGCUUCUAUAAAUUCGUCCUAAUUUCGUAGUGUAGACAUACCCUCAGUGAGCAAAGGGGAACAGUUUAGAAAUAUAAUUUGUAAUGUUUAACUCUGAUCACUAGGAAACAGUAGCUGAUAAUUGAAAUAAUUGAUAAUGGAUAGUUGGUUGGAAAAUAUUCAUCAAUGUACUUUAUUUCAUUUUUACCACCUACCCUACCACAGCAGUCUCAUCCAGCGUGUCAGCCUUGUUAACAGCAAAAUAUAUCUGUCCAAACUGUGACAGUAUGUUUAACAAAUUUCCACUUCAGAAAUUUGUCUGUGGACAGACUCAGUCAUGGAUACAACACAGAAGCAGACUGAAGUGAAAAAGGAAACCUAGAACUUUGGGCGCUGCAGAGGAAAACCUGGUUUAAUGUUUGUUUAAAAAUAGUUGUAUAUGGAGUACUUAGUGACUAGGAAGAAGAGAAACUACUUCCAAGGUGAAGUAAUUAUGAAACGAGAUGUUGGUCCAAUAAAAGAUGUUACUUCACCCACCUUGUCUCUCUAAUAUCCUGGUUCCGACACAGUUACAGCUACACCGCAUACAACAAAUUGCAUUGGCAGUUUGUUUGAAUGAGAGAGAUCACAGAGAAAAAGAUUUUAAUAGGAGUUCUAAGAAAUUCAAGAUGGACUUCAUUGGCACCAAAAGAAGGUGCUAAGGAAGUAUCUUAGUAUAGUGGAACUUAAUUUGUCUAUUUCUUGCAAUAAAUUGAGAGAGAUACUAUAAUCAGUCUGACUAGUAAGUAUUGGCUAAUGUUAGGUGGGAUCAUUCUUUGCAUGAUCCCUUGGUCUGUGUAAAGGAAAACUAAAAAAAAAAUCAUUAGUUCCUUGGCUAGUCAGCAGCUAGCUUCAUAACUUUGCACAAGGUUUCCAUAAGUAUUUGGUUUAGCCUUUAUCUAUACUGAAAGGGAAAAAUCCUUAAGUAUCCUGGAUACUGUAAACUAUUUGUAAAAUCUCACUGUGAAAUAUUAGUAAACACUGUGCCUCUAGUACUCUGGUCUAAUUUAAUUAGAAAAUUUUACUUAUUAAAAAGUUACAGUUUAGUGUUGCACCCUCACUAAUAGCUCAUGUAUGAGCAAAGCCUCAUAACUUGUAACUGUCUGAGAUUUUUAAUUUAAAAAAGUUAAUCACCUUAUUGCUUUUUGUUAUAAGUAGGUGUCAAAGUGACCUGUUGGAGUGGAGUCUUGUUUUACAGUUCUGAGUUUUUCUCCCUUGUUCUAGAUUGGAAUGUUGACCAUGACCACUGACAACGAAGAGGCUCCAGAGGCUAAGUCCCGUGAAGACUUGAUAAAAAAUCACUAUAUGGCAAGGAUAGUAGAACUUACGUCUCUUCUACAGCUGGCUGACAGCAAGUCAGUACAUUUUCAUGCUGAGUGCCGAGCGCUUGCCAAAAGAUUAUCAUUAGCUGAGAAGUCUAAGGAAUCACUAGUGGAGGAGAUGAAAUUAGCUAGUCAAAGCAUCAGUAGAUUACAGAUUGAUGUCAAACUGAUGAUGUACAUCUGAAACGGCCUUACAUUGAUCUUUGGCAUUCACUGCAACAAGAUAAGAUUUUUAAAUAAAAUUCUGUUUGACUUAGUGCAGUCACUACUGCUUGAAGAUCACAUCACACAUAAAAGGAGAACAAUAUGGUGAUAUUGUCAACUAGCUGCCCAUUUAGUGUUCUUUGACUUAUGGCUAGUGGACUGCCAUUUUGCCAUCCCUUGGAGUAAUGAUUACAAUGGUAGACUUUUAUUAGUAGCUCUUAAAGUACUUGACUUCUGAUGCAAAAAUUUUUUAAAUUGCUAGUACUAUGCCUAACCUUCAUAAACAAGACCAGCAUGAUCGAAAUUAUCCACAAAUUCUCCAGUGACUUAAUGAAUCCCUGUAUGAUUUCAAGGUAUUAAUGAUGUGACAUGAUUGUGCAGCCCAGACUCCCAUACAAAUAGUUCCCUUGAAGUCAGUGAGCAUACUAAGCAUGAGAAAGGAUCUGAUCCUGCAGCCCUUAAUCUUUAGCUGUUACUUUUCUUAAGUAUUCAGAUACCACACUGAAGACUUUGUAUAUACAGAUAUUUAAUAGUACUGUCCUUUUGGGCCCAGUUCUGUCUACCCAUGUUCUUAAUGGAGGUUUUGGAUCACCUAUUUGAGUUUAAGACCAGGAUUUAUGUAGUGUUUUUCUGAACUCUUUUAAUUGUGAAGUGCUUGUAUGAUGAAAUUUGACAAUUUCUCUGGUGGCAAAUAGGCAUAAUUAUAAAAUUGAAUUCCUUCUAAAACAGUGCACCCUCUUUAUAUAUCUGUAAAGAUCCAUAUAUCUCCCCAAAAAACCUCUCUCAAACUAUUCAUCCAAAAUUAUAUAACAAAUUGUUUUCUUUCCUUUUUUUAAAAAAAAGCAUACUGGCUGGAACACUUAUUUUUAAACACAUAGUCCUGAAUGUUAAACAGAACUUAAUAAAUAAAAACAAUUGCAUCUGGGCUGAAAACUGGGUUUUAGCCUCAGUGAUUUUUGUCGCAUGUUGUUAAACCCUUAGUUAGAUGAUGAUUUAUAAAAUAGUGUAAUAAAAUAAGUUUUGGGAGGUGAUAGUGAGGGAAAGGGGGGGAUGAAGUUUUAAAGAUAAAUAGGAAAACUACCGAGACUUUUUUUCAUUUAAAUUUUUGCAUAGUUGCUUUUCUCCAUAAUGAAAUUGCUUAAGUGCACACGUUUGGUCAACCUAGCAGCUUUGUUGGACAACUUGAAUGUCUGCAUGAACAAUGUACUACUGUAAUAUUAGGCAAAGCUGAAAGCUACUGUUCAUUCACUCCUUAGGAUGAGUUGACAACCACUAAAAGAAGCUAUGAAGAUCAGCUAAGUAUGAUGAGUGACCAUCUGUGCAGCAUGAAUGAAACCUUAUCUAAACAAAGGGAAGAAAUUGAUACACUGAAAAUGAGUAAGGUAGGUUA